UAAGAGGAGGGGAGCGGACAGGACAAGUGAUAAUUUUUGGAUCGCCCCUGCCUAGAGGAGGGGAGGGGACAUGACAACAACAUAUCUCAAUGCAGAGAGGAUGGGAUAAGGAAUUCAGAUAUAGUGCUUCCCUUCUCAAAUACGUAUUCAAGGUUGUAGCAGAACUGUGCACUGUCCAGCAACUCAACCCAAUUCCUCUGACUUGCUGUCACGUAGUGUCUGAGAUAUUCUUCAAGCAGAUGAUUGAUCCUUUUAGUCUGUCCAGCAGUUUGUGAGUGAUUUGCCGUUGAGAACUUCAAAUCAGUACCCAUCAUUUUGAACAAUGCAGUCCAAAAUCGACCAGUAAACCUAGCAUCACAAUCACUCACAAUAUCCAAUGGAACACCAAAAUUCUUCACAACAUUCUUAUAGAUAACUCAACAGCUAUUUCAGUUCAAAGUUCGAAACCAAUCAACCACCACUCCACCACCGUCAACCACCGCCAACCACCAUGAAUGCCUACAACGCCACCACCCCAAACUUCGACAACCUCCUCCUCCAAUCCCUAAUGAACCGUCUUCAAAUUCGUCCUCCUUCAAACCCAACUUCCUCCUUUUCCCCACAAUCCCUCGAAGAUCUCCUCUUCAACACUCUCCCUUUCUCCGAAGACGACGACGAAGAUGAUGAUAACAACAACGAGUCUUCUUCUUCUUCCAAAUCUCAGCUAGCGAAAGAAGAGUCGAGGGUCGAGAAAGAGAUAAUCCGGACAAUCCUAACUGGAAAAACUGAUUCGCUAAAACCAAAUUCGGGUCAAGCUGUUGCUAUUGGUGAACACCAUAUAUGUAUCGGGUUUCAUGAGGAUACGGGUUCGGAUUAUCGCGUGUGGGAGUGGCAUGGUCAUAUUAUGCUGUUUGAUGAGGAAAAUGGGUAUACACCUGAAUACAUUUAUGGGAAUUACUUUGAAAGAGUUAAUGGGAAGCUUAUGAAGAAGAAGAAACAAGAUGAGAAAGAGGAACAGGAGACUGAGAAAGAAGAAAAGGAGAGUGAUGAGAAAGAGGAGAAGAUUGGGAAUUUGGGGUUGAGAGAGUUGAUAUCAUCAGGAGAUUCGAAUAAUGAAGGUCGGAUUCUUAGGAGGAAUAUGAAUGCUGGUUCUACAAGGGUCUAGAGGUUUGCUGUUUUACACCAAAGAAACAAUUUGAGGUUUGCUGCAUAUUUUCGCUUGGCUGCUUGAAGAUUUUUUACAUUUCCUUUUCCUAAGCUACUUAGUGUUCAAAUAGCAUACUUGCAAAUUGUGAUCUUGCAUGGUCUGAAAUAUUGCAUUUGCAAAGCAAAAUAGGAGCUCCUAGCAGAUGAGAAUAGUUCCUUCUUUUCUAUAUCUAUAAUUCACUCUCUUUACUUUUUUCAAUUUCCUUAUUACAAGGGAGGUUGAAAAUCUGUUACAGAAUAAGCUACUCUUCUUUCAUAAGCAAAUGUACUUGGAGCUUUUGUAGA